UUCCAAGCGGCUUGUAUGGCCUCCGAAGAAGAUAUGGACAGAAACAAUAUUGAGCUGAGAUGGAGAGGAGAAAGAAAGCUGUACUCGACAUCAGGAGAUUUUAUUGAAUUUGAUUGUAAAAUAGGAUAUGUGCAGGACCCAGCAUCUUCCCCAUUCAGAGUGCAGUGUAUGAACAGGACAUUUGAAUACCCACGGUGCAAGCCAGGAAGGAACUGUAGAUUGAGUGAGACAGAAAUGAAGAGGAACAAUAUUAAACUAAGACAGUCAAGGAGAAGAUCUAACACAUAUCGCUCUAAGGAGACUAUUUCAUUUACAUGCUAUUUUUCCUACCGGGAAGUCUCAAACCCAGAGGAUUUUGAGGCACAGUGCAAGGACGGAGUGAUUAACUACCCCCGAUGUGAAUCGUAUUUUGGAUAAAUGGAAAGGACAUGAAGGAGCCCAGCUGGAGAAAUGAAAGAUCCUUUGACCAACCCAGUGAUUUGAGCACAGUUUUCCCUGGAGUUUGCUGUUUCAUUGUGCUUUGUUUGCAGCUUAGCCAAUGUUCUGUGUUGGAAUUUGCCUUUUUUUUUCCUUUGAAUUGUUGUAUGAUUGUUUUACACUUAACCUUUUUUUGUAAAGGUAUUUGCAUUUUAUCCAUUCAAAUGACUGUACUUCCUUCUUACUUUUGUUCUGUAUUGAUCUCACUGUUAUUUUAUUAACAUUUGCAUCCUGAAGUAGGCUGGCUUUGGUGGCAUACUGAGACAUGAAUUAAAGCGUGCAGCUAAUUUGCUCAUCA